AAAUGGCUUUGGGAAAAAAGAUCAUGAAUUCUUAGCAACUUCACAAAAGAAGAGAGAGAUGAAAACUGGCAGGUGGGUUUUCGCGGGAAAAUGAUGAUGAUUUUGCCAUCAAUUACCAACCACUGUCCCUAGUCGCUUUCACCACCACAAACCAACUAACAUUGUUCAAUCAAUCCAUCCUUAGAACCCAAGCUACUGCAACCUCUCAACCGCUUCCCCUUUUCUUCAAUCACCAUUCUUCUUGUUCAUUUGUUCUUCAUUCAUCUUCUGCUAGACCAUUUGCUUCCAUCAUUAAUUACCCAGCUCAAUCCCACCUUCAAACUCUUCUCCUAAUGGCAAAAGGGGGCUUUCUGAUAUCUGUAGCCAAAUGUGUAGCUGUGUUCUGUUUUCUCCUCCAUGUUCUGGACCUGCAGACACUGUCCAUGGCGGAUGACGAUGACGAUUACGUCGAGGUAGACAACAGCAGCAACGGCGGUUACAGUGGUGGUGUAUCUGAGCAAUGUGAUACUGAUCUCAGGAGUUUUCUUCCACCACCGUAUGGUAAUCUAACCAACAUCGUCUGCAAGCCCAUCUGGAAUACAUUUGUAUUACGGUAUACACAGAAUGAAGAGCAUGUAAUGAACAUCAUUGUAUCAGCUUUAUACACAACGGGGUGGGUGGGGAUUGGGUUUUCUAGAGAUGGGAUGAUGGUGGGAUCAAGUGCAAUGGUGGGAUGGGUAAACAAGAAAGGGCAUGCUAGAAUCUACCAAUACUACUUGCAGGGAAGAAAGCAAUCAGAAGUAAUAGAAGACAAAGGAGAAUUGCCACUCACCAAUGUUCCUGCAUCAGUUGUGCUUCAUGGUGCCACCAUUUACAUCGCAUUUCAGCUCAAAUUCAGCGCCAUGGUUUCUCAGCAACCAAUUCUCCUGGCUUUUGGGAAUGCUUAUCCCAGACAUAAUCACUUGUCUGCUCAUAGCGAUAAGAUAGCGAUUGUUUUUGACUUCGCUGCAGGUUCCAAGUCUUCAGCAGCAGCAGCAGGCAGUGACAUUGGGCAGAUAAAGAAGAACCAUGGUGUAUUGGGGAUAAUUGGAUGGGGUCUCAUCCUUCCAGUUGGGGCAAUCAUUCCCAGAUACUUCAGACAUAAGGAUCCUCUUUGGUACUAUCUUCAUUCAAUAAUUCAGUUCGUGGGCUUUGCCAUUGGACUUGCUACUAUUUUACUUGGAAGACAACUUUACAACAAAAUUAAGGCCAACGUACCUACUCAUAGAGGCAUUGGCAUCUUUGUCCUUGUGCUCAGCAUUCUUCAGGUAUUGGCAUUCUUUCUGAGACCCAACAAGGAAGCUAAAAUCAGAAAGUACUGGAACUGGUACCACCAUUGGUUCGGAAGGAUUGCACUGUUUUUUGGAGCAUUGAACAUAGUGUUGGGAAUUCAAAUUGGAGGUGCAGGAAAUGAAUGGAAAGUAGGCUAUGGAUUUCUUCUUAGCAUAAUACUCAUUGCAGUGAUUGUUCUGGAAGCACUGGCAUGGAUGAAAAGAUCAGAUAAAGCUUCCAUGAGUUCAUUUCAGAUGAAUCCAGUACCAUAAUUAAGCAUUGUUUGGAUAUCUCAUUUUUAGAAUUAGGAAACAGAAGAUGGUGGAAGCAUUUGGUCUUCAUGAGGGCUGGCUUUGGGUCGUAUGUCAAGUUCUUCUAAAUUAAGCAGAAGCCUUUCAACGACGAAGCUAUCUCGAUGUGGGCGAGGAUACAUUACUUCGUGUUUGGUUAAUAGGAAUGGAUGGUGUUUGUUUUCCCACAUACAAGUUUUUGGAGGGCUGAAUCGUUUGCAGGAGGAAGAAGCCUUGUAUUGUUAACUCUGUUUCAGACGAUAUUCAAAUAAUGCAGUUUUGUGAAGUAUGCAAACAGAUUUCUGUAUGAUUGUCUGUCAAUCAUCAAUGUUCCAUAUAUUUUUGGAGGCAAAAUUUUACCAUUAUCUUCUCACA